AUGGAGAAGGAGAGCGACAUAGAAAGACUUCAGCGCAUGCAGCAGUCAUACCUAGAUGAGAAGGAAAGGCCCGUGUCAAGUGUUUAUGUAAAGAAUCUGGAUGCUUCUGUUACUAACUCGGACAUUGCCGCACACUUCAGAUCUUGUGGAAAUAUAUCCGGAAUAAAUGUCAUCACAGUAAAAAAUACCAGGAAGUAUGCAGUGGUGGAUUUCACCUCAGAAAAGUCGGUAGAAAUGUCUUUGCUCUUCAAUGGAUCUGUGUUGAAAGGAAAAAAAAUUGUUGUUCAGAAGAAGAGAGAAGCAGAUAAAAGAUGA